GUCGGCGGCCUGCUCGGGCUGGCGCUGCCCUGGGGACGCUGGGACUGGGAGGCCGGGUGGCCCGGGCCCUGCGGCGGCGGCGGCGGCGGCGGCGGCGGCGGUGGCGGCGGGAGCCCGGGUCCGGAGCGCCAUAGCUGAUUUUAUUUGAAAGCUGAAUUUGGAUUCUGUCUGUGCCCUUUGGGGUGUGAAAUCACUUACUCCUAGAAAUUUAUCUGUCAUCAGAGCAUCUCACGUCGUCUUAGAGCUUCAACUGUCUCUCUCAUGCCUUUUGAGGACCAGUCCUUCCUGGAGCUUAACCUGGCAUUUCACAGGUCAAGGAUGUCAAAGGUACGGCACUGAAUUCCUCCUAGCUGGCCAGCAGCGGCGCACCAAUGACAUGGCCAAAAGCAAUUCUGUGGGCCAGGACACCUCUAAGGACUCGGAGGGGGAAAUGAUCUUUGCCGCGGAGAGCAACUGUGCCCUGCCUCGAGAAGGUGAUGGAGAAGCCAGACUGGGCUCGUCAGGGUCCGCGCCGCCUGCAAGGAAGCGGUCCCGGUCCUUUGAGGACGAGAGGAAUCCAGCAACAGGGACCAGUCAGUGGGACGGGGCUUCUAAGAAAACGCCACGGCAUCGUUUGCUCCUGUCAUGCCCAAGACCCCGGGAAGCCAGGCAGGAAGCAGAGGACUUUGUGUCCCGGCCCUCUGCGGAGUCCGGAGAACCCAGCCAGGAAGUGGAAGACGUCGGUCCUGACCCCAUUCCUGACUCUUACUAUGGGCUCCUGGGGACCUUGCCUUGCCAGGAACCCCAGAGCCACAUGGGCAGCCUGCCCAGUGAGGUCCUGAGGCACAUCUUUGCUUUCCUCCCUGUGGAAGAUCUCUACUGGAACGUGAGCUUAGUGUGCCACUUCUGGAGGGAGAUCAUCAGCGAUCCACUGUUCAUUCCUUGGAAGAAGCUGUAUUACCGAUAUCUGAUGAAUGAAGAACAAGCCGUGAGCAAAGUGGAUGGCAUCCUGUUGAACUCCGGUAUAGAGAAGGAGUCGGACUUGUGUGUGCUCAACCUCAUCCGCUAUACAGCCACCACUAAGUGCUCCCCAAGCGUGGAUCCCGGACGGGCGUUGUGGAGUCUGAGGGAUCACCUCCUCCUCCCUGAGGCAGAGGCCUGCGUGCGUCAGCACCUCCCCGAUCUCUACGCGGCUGCUGCGGGUGUCAACGUGUGGGCUCUGGUGGCGGCCAUCGUGCUCCUCUCUAGCAGUGUGAAUGACAUCCAGCAGCUGCUCUUCUGCCUCAGGCGGCCCAGCUCCACCGUGACCGUGCCAGACAUCACGGAGACCCUGUACUGUAUCGCCGUGCUUCUCUAUGCCAUGAGGGAGAAGGGGAUCAACAUCAGCAACCGGAUUCACUACAACAUUUUCUAUUGCCUGUAUCUUCAGGAGAAUUCCUGUACUCAGGCCGCAGAAGUUAAAGAGGAACCAUCGGUUUGGCCAGGCAAGAAAACAACCAUCCAGCUCACACAGGAACAACAGCUGAUUCUGAACCACAAGAUGGAACCCCUCCAGGUGGUAAAGAUUAUGGCAUUUGCAGGCACCGGGAAGACCUCUACCCUGGUCAAGUAUGCUGAGAAGUGGUCUGAGAGCAGGUUUCUGUAUGUGACAUUCAACAAGAGCAUCGCAAAGCAGGCCGAGCUAGUCUUCCCCAGCAAUGUCAUCUGCAAAACCUUUCAUUCCAUGGCCUAUGGACACGUCGGGCGGAAGUACCAAUUAAAGAAGAAAUUGAAUCUCUUCAAGUUGACCCCUUUCAUGGUCAAUUCUGUCCUUGCUGAAGGGAAAGGUGGAUUCAUAAGGGCCAAGCUUGUGUGUAAGACUUUAGAAAACUUCUUUGCCUCGGCUGACGAAGAGCUGACGAUUGAUCACGUGCCUAUCUGGUGUAAGAACAGCCAAGGACAGAGAGUCAUGGUUGAACAGAGUGAAAAGCUGAACGGUGUCCUUGAAGCAAGCCGACUCUGGGACAACAUGCGGAAGCUGGGGGAAUGCAAAGAAGAGGCGUACCAAAUGACUCACGAUGGCUAUUUGAAACUCUGGCAGCUGAGCAAGCCUCUGCUUGCCUCUUUUGACGCCAUCUUUGUGGAUGAGGCCCAGGACUGUACCCCAGCUAUCAUGAACAUAGUUCUGUCUCAGCCAUGUGGGAAAAUCUUUGUAGGGGACCCACAUCAACAGAUCUAUACCUUCCGCGGUGCGGUCAAUGCUCUGUUUACAGUCCCUCACACGCACGUCUUCUAUCUCACACAGAGUUUUAGAUUUGGUGUAGAAAUAGCUUAUGUGGGAGCUACUAUCUUGGAUGUCUGCAAGCGAGUAAGGAAAAAGACUUUGGUCGGAGGAAACCAUCAGAGUGGCAUUAGAGGUGACACAAAGGGGCAGGUGGCCCUGUUGUCCCGGACCAAUGCCAAUGUGUUUGAUGAGGCCGUGCGGGUGACCGAAGGAGAAGUGCCUGCCAGGAUACAUUUGAUUGGGGGGAUUAAAUCAUUUGGAUUGGACAGAAUCAUUGAUAUUUGGAUCCUUCUUCAGCCGGAGGAAGAACGGAAGAAACAGAACCUCGUUAUUAAAGACAAGUUUAUUAGAAGAUGGGUGCACAAGGAGGGCUUCAGUGGCUUCAAGAGGUAUGUGACCGCGGCUGAGGAUAAGGAGCUGGAGGCCAAGAUUGCAGUCGUUGAGAAGUAUAACAUCAGGAUUCCAGAACUGGUGGAGAGGAUAGAGAAGUGUCACAUAGAAGACCUGGACUUCGCAGAGUACAUUUUGGGCACUGUACACAAAGCCAAAGGCUUGGAGUUUGACACUGUGCACGUUUUGGACGAUUUUGUGAAAGUGCCUUGCGCCAGGCACAACCUCGCACAGCUGCCCCACUUCAGAGUUGAGUCGUUUUCUGAGGAUGAAUGGAAUUUACUGUAUGUCGCAGUAACUCGUGCCAAGAAGCGUCUCAUCAUGACCAAGUCCUUGGAGAACAUCUUGACUUUAGCUGGGGAGUACUUCUUGCAAGCAGAACUGACGAGUAACGUGUUGAAGACCGGGGUGGUUCGCUGCUGUGUGGGGCAGUGCAACAACGCCAUCCCCGUGGACACUGUGCUCACCAUGAAGAAGCUCCCCAUCACCUACAGCAACAGGAAGGAGAACAAGGGCGGCUACCUCUGCCACUCGUGUGCAGAGCAGCGCAUUGGGCCGCUGGCCUUCUUGACGGCCUCCCCCGAGCAGGUGCACUCCAUGGAACGCACCAUCGAGAACAUAGUGCUGCCCAGACACGAAGCCCUGCUCUUCCUCGUCUUCUGAAAGCCACGGGGAGCUUUUUCCACGGUACAGAAUGCCUUGUGUGGAUUCCAGUUACUUGAAGAAAGCCAGUGUGGGGUGGGGUUCUCACUCACCUGAGACUCUGAAUUCGCUCACAGAGCAUUUUUUGAGGAAUACAAAGCCAACGAGAGUUGGACCUGCCAUUUCUCCAUUCCUUGUAGGUAGCCCGUUUCCACUGCCCCUCCUCUGUGCGCAUCAGGCUGGGGACGUGGGGGUGUUCUUUUGAUAAAAAAACAAAACAUUUUAUGUAUUUAAACUUUUAUUACAAGAUUUCAAUUAAACAGGCAUUGUAGCACUGGCAUACCACUGUGUGACA